ACUGCCAUGCCGGCCACCAACCAGGGAUGGCCGGAGGACUUCGGCUUCCGGCUGGGGGGCUCGGGUCCCUGCUUUGUCCUGGAUGUGGUGGAAGGGAGCAGUGCGCACGUCGGGGGUCUGCGGCCCGGGGACCAGAUCCUGGAGGUGGAGGGGCUAGCCGUGGGCGGCCUGAGCCGCGAGCGCCUAGUGCGCCUGGCCCGGCGCUGCCCGCGCGUGCCGCCCAGCCUGGGCGUGCUCCCCGGCCCCAUCGGCUGCCCCGGCGCGGGAUCCGGCUGCGAGCCGCUGACCACAGCCUUGCGGAGCCCGCGCUCAAGCCGCAGCCUCUUUCUGGGCCGCGAGUUGCUACGCCUAGCCGGCCGCAAGCGCCCCGACGCCGUGCACCGAGAGCGUAGGCGCAAGGCCCAGGAGUUCAGCCGCAAGGUGGACGAGGUCUUGGGGGACCAGCCGACCGCCAAGGAGCAGGUGUUCGCUGCUCUGAAGCAGUUCGCGGCAGAGCAACGGGUGGACGAGCUGGUGUGGGCGCUCACCCUGGCGCUGCCCCCCGAGGCCCGAGGGCCCCUCCUGGAGAACCUCAGGAUCUUCAUCCCCAAGAAGCACCGGGCGCGCUUCGACGAGGUGGUGUCUCAGGGUCUGCUGGGCAAGCUGUGCCGCGCGCGGCGGACGCAGGGCGCGCAGCGGCUGCGCCGGAGCCAGAGCAAGGCCGCCUCUUUGCUGGGCGGCCGCGCGGGCCCCGGGGGCGCGCGCAGGACAGUCCGAGUCUACAAGGGCAACAAGAGCUUCGGCUUCACGCUGCGUGGCCAUGGACCUGUCUGGAUCGAGUCUGUUCUGCCUGGGAGCCCGGCUGACAAUGCCUCCCUCAAGUCAGGAGACCGGAUCCUCUUCCUCAAUGGACUGGACAUGAGGAACUGCUCCCAUGACAAGGUGGUGUCCAUGCUCCAGGGCAGCGGCGCCAUGCCCACGCUGGUGGUGGAGGAGGGGCUCGUCCCGUUCGCCAGCGAUUCCGACUCGAUGGAUUCCCCCAACCCGUCGUCGGCGCUCACCUCCCUGCAGUGGGUGGCAGAGAUCCUCCCGUCCAGUAUCCGAGUGCAGGGAAGGACCUUCAGCCAGCAGCUGGAGCACCUGCUCACGCCCCCCGAGCGCUACGGGGUCUGCCGGGCCCUUGAGAGCUUCUUCCAGCACAGGAACAUCGACACCCUCAUCGUCGACGUCUACCCGGUGCUGGACACUCCGGCCAAGCAGGUCCUCUGGCAGUUCAUCUACCAGCUGCUAACUUACGAGGAGCAGGAACUCUGCCAGGAGAAGAUCGCCUGCUUCCUGGGCUACAUGGCCAUGACCGCCGAGCCCGAGCCCGAGCUGGAGCCGGAGCUGGAGCCCGAGCCGGCGCCCGAGCCCCAGACGCGGAGCUCCCUGAGGGUCCCCUCCCUGUGCCGCCGCAGCCUCCGCUCCCAGGGCCUGGAGGCCGGCCUUGGCUGUGGUCCUGGCGACUGUCCGGAGAUGCCUCUUCCUCCCAUCCCAGGCGAGCGGCAGGCAGGCGACGGCACAUCCCUCCCUGAGACGCCCAACCCCAAGAUGAUGUCAGCCGUCUAUGCGGAGCUUGAGUCCCGCCUGAGCAGCAGCUUCAAAGGGAAGAUGGGGACCAGCUCCCGAGCCCGUGCCUCCCCGCCACUGCCCAGCGCGGCAGGCCCAGCAGGGCCCAGGACCCGGUCCAGCAUCUCGUGGCCCAGCGAGCAGCUCCUGCCCUCCCCCAGCUACUACCCGCUGUGCUCAGAGGGCCUGGCCUCCCCCAGCAGCUCCGAGUCCCACCCCUACGCCAGCCUGGACAGCAGCCGGGCACCUUCCCCUCAGCCGGGCCCCGAGCCCGUCCGCGCCGAGAGCCCCCCCAGCCCGGACCCCAGCCGCCGCCCGUCCAGCCGCCGGAAGCUGUUCGCCUUCUCCCGCCCUGUGCGAAGCCGGGACACCGACCGCUUCCUGGAUGCGCUGAGUGAGCAGCUGGGCCCCCGGGUCACCAUCGUGGAGGAUUUCCUGAGCCCCGAGAAUGACUACGAGGAGAUGAGCUUCCACGACGACCAGGGCAGCUUCAUCACCAACGAGAGGAGCAGUGCCAGCGAGUGCAUCAGCAGCAGCGAGGAAGGCAGCUCCCUGACCUACUCCUCCCUCUCCGACCACAUCCCCCCCUGCGCACCCCCCAUGCUGCCCCGGGGCCUGGGCCACCGCCGCAGCGAGACAAGCCACAUGAGCGUCAAGCGCCUGCGGUGGGAGCAGGUGGAGAACUCAGAAGGCACCAUCUGGGGACAGCUUGGGGAGGACUCUGACUACGAUAAGCUGAGCGACAUGGUGAAAUACCUCGACCUGGAGCUCCACUUUGGCACCCAGAAAGCUGCCAAGCCGGUGCCGGGGCCUGAGCCCUUCAGGAAGAAGGAGGUGGUGGAGAUCCUGUCCCACAAGAAGGCCUACAACACCUGUGCGGCUGCCAGCCGGUCCCGUCGGGCGCGAAUGCUGUCGGUUCCCGAAUACAAGACCCGUCUGCGCAGCCUCCACUUCCAGGCCACCCUCCAGGAGAAGACGGAGGAGAUCCGGGGCAGCCUGGAGUGCUUGCGCCAGGCCUCCCUAGAGCUCAAGAACAGCCGGAAGCUUGCCAAGAUCCUGGAGUUUGUGUUGGCCAUGGGCAACUAUCUCAACGAUGGACAGCCUCAAACCAACAAGACCACGGGCUUCAAGAUCAACUUCCUGACGGAGCUGAAUUCCACAAAGACGGUGGACGGGAAGUCCACCUUCCUGCAUAUCCUUGCCAAAUCGCUGAGCCAGCACUUCCCUGAACUCCUGGGCUUUGCUCAGGACCUGCCCACCGUGCCCCUGGCUGCCAAAGUGAACCAACGAGCCCUGACCAGCGACUUGGCUGACCUCCACGGCACCAUCAGUGAGAUCCAGGCCGCGUGCCAGAGCAUGUCCCCCUCCAGCGAGGACAAGUUUGCUGUGGUCAUGGCGUCUUUUCUGGAGACGGCCCAGCCAUUGCUGCGGGCGCUGGACGGGCUGCAGCGAGACGCCAUGGAGGAGCUGGGCAAGGCGCUGGCCUUCUUUGGGGAAGAUUCCAAAGCCACCACCUCCGAGGCUUUCUUCGGCAUCUUCGCGGAGUUCAUGAGCAAGUUCGAGCGAGCGCUCGGCGACCUGCAGGCAGCCGAGGGCCCGCGCAGCUCGGGGAUGGUUUCGCCCCUGGCCUGGUGA